AAACAUGGAGUAGAAUCUAUCUAUAUGCCAACUGCAGCAGCCAGCAGUGCAGCUGCACCACCUCUGGCCCUCACUGCCCAUAGGCCCCAUGCCCACCUACGCAAAUCUCAGAGGAAAGGUCAAGACAAGAGAGAGACUACAGUCUACAGAGAGAAGCAGGAACUAGAGAAAAGGCAAAAGCAGAUCUCCACAAAAAGUAUAAAGAAACCCACUUCGUGAUUUGAUUAGUUUCUUUGCCUCUCACAUGAUUAGUAAUUGUAUUAGGAAGCAUAGGCUCCUGCCGAAGUAUCCAAAGAAAGAAAAUAUAUAAUAAAUAAAUGAAAGGUGGAGGGGAGAUUCUCCAUCGAAGUUGCUUUCGUGGUUGCAUUCACAUCUUCGUUUCUCGUUUCCGGUGUGUGAGUUGUGGAAUUCACUGAGAAGCGAUUAGCUUCUCUGUUUGUAAUUGCUGGAGACGGAACCGAAAUUUCUUGCUAUUUGCUAGACAACAUGCUGUGCGCUUGCUCAGGGGAGCAAUUCAAGUUUGAAGAGGUGCCUCUGUCACCAGAAUCCUUGGCUACGAGGGACUUCUCAGUCAGUGGCCUCUCUUCCAGAACUGGUUGCGAUUGGGACUCGAGGUUUGAAGAUAGCCAGGUUGAUGACGUCGAGUCCACUCUAAAGGAAGCUCUCUCUUUGAACUAUGAGGAAGCCAGGGCUUUGUUGGGACGACUAGAAUAUCAGAGAGGGAACCUUGAUGCAGCACUUCAAGUAUUUCAAGGGAUUGACAUUCGAGGUUUAACACCUAGAAUGAUCAAGUCUAUCAUUCAUAGAACUCGGCAAAGGAAAGGCCGUCCCAAAGGUGAUAACAUGCAGAUGGGUAUAAUGUCAAUGCACUCUGUGAGUCUGCUUCUUGAAGCAAUAUUGCUUAAAGCAAAAUCACUGGAGGAGCUUGGUCGUGUUAAAGAGGCUGCAAGAGAGUGUAAAAUAAUUCUGGACACAGUUGAAUCUGCUCUACCUAAUGGGAUGCCUGAAGGUAUUACUGAGGACUGCAAGUUGCAAGAGAUGCUCCACAAAGCACUAGAGUUGCUUCCUGAGUUAUGGAAACAGGCCGGAUUUCUUGAUGAAGCCAUUGCUGCAUACCGUCGGGCUCUAACAAAGCCAUGGAACUUGGAUCUGCAGAGGUUGGCUAGUGUUCAGAAGGAAUUAGCCUCACUUUUACUCUAUGGUGGUGUUGAGGUAAACCUUCCCCCUCAAUUGCAAAUAUGGGGCCCAAAUACCCCCAAAAGUAGUACAGAGGAAGCAAUCCUGCUACUGUUUAUACUCAUGAAGAAGAUGGCAUUUGGAGAAAUCAGAUGGGAUCCUGAAGUUGUGGACCACCUGGCCUUUGCUCUUUCAGUCUCUGGUCAGUUUAAGUUUCUGUCAGAUCACAUUGAAGAGGCCCUCCCAGGUGUCUACAACCGGGCUGAAAGGUGGUACCUUCUUGUUCUUUGUUAUAGUGCUUCUGGUCAGAAUGAAGUGGCCUUGAACCUUCUGAAGAAGGUCUCAGGUCGUUCUGAAGCAAAGCAUGAACCCCAUCUUCCUGCACUUCUAUUGGGAGCAAAGUUGUGUUCUCAAAAUCUAGGACAUGCACAUGAUGGAAUAGAUUUUGCUCGGAGAGCAAUUGACUUUGCUAACAAUCACAACAAGCAUUUUAUGGGUCAGGCUCAUCAUUUUCUUGGUCUUUGUUAUGGGAAUGCUGCUAGAUUUUCUUUAUCAGAUGCUGAAAGGGUUUUCCUUCAGAGUGACUCUCUGAAAUACCUCAAUACUGCUGCCUUGCUUGAGGAAAAAGAUCCAGAGGUGAUUUUCAGCCUCAGUUUGGAAAAUUCUUUCCAGAGGAACCUGAAUGCUGCUUUGCAAAAUGCAAGAAUCUAUCUAGAUAUGGUCGGUGGGAGCUCUGGAAGAGGUUGGAAGUUAUUAGCCCUCAUAAUCUCUCAAGAGCAACGAUUCAAAGAUGCUGAAACCAUUGUGGACAUUUCUCUGGAUGAGGUUGGAGGAAGAGAUCAAUUAGAACUUCUAAGGUUGAAGGCAGUGCUUCAGAUUGCUCAGGAGCAACCCAAUAAAGCAAUAGAGACGUUCAGAAUUUUGCUUGCUCUGAUUCAAGCACAGAAGGAACGCCAUUCUAAAAAUUCUGAUCCUGAGACAAUGGCAGAAGCAGAUAUUAAAAUAGAGAUUGAGGCCUGGCAGGAUUUAGCUGAGAUUUAUACAAAAUUUGGAUCAUGGCCUGAUGCAGAAAUUUGUCUGGAUAAAGCCAAGUCAAUUGGAAUUUUCUCUCCAAGGAGUUGGCAUGCAACAGGGAUACUAUUCGAAGCUCAGUCAUUGUACAAGGAAGCUCUUGUGGCCUUCUCAAUUUCACUUUCAAUCCAUCCAGACCAUGUACCUAGCAUGGUUUCUACAGCAACAAUACUAAGAAAGCUUGGGAGGCAAUGCCUUCCAAUUGCGAGGAGCUAUCUCAUGAAUGCUUUACGUUUAGAACCUACAAAUCAUGAGGCUUGGUUAAAUCUUGGAUUUGUCUCAAAGAUGGAAGGUUCACUACAGCAAGCUGCAGACUUUUUUCAAGCAGCGCAUGAGAUCAAACAGUCAGCUCCUGUUCAGGAUUUUUUGUCGUUAUGAUUAUCCUCCCAUACAUAUGAGACACAUUAGGAUGAGCAACUUUACAUGACAUCAUUUUCUGGAAUGCCUGCUGCUUUACAAAAUUCCACCUGGGAAACAGAAUACAAAUACUGUGGAGGUACCCAGUCAACUCAAACUUGUCUUGAAGGCCAUAUCCUGCAGUUGCAAUUCAGAGUUAUUCUGGGUAUUUCUUUGUAAUCUUCAUGUCAUCUCUCACAUUUAAAAUGUAUAUACAUUACCUAGCAAGUGAACUUCUCAAUGAAAUUCUGGCCAGAAAAGUUACCAAUUUAAAAAGGUCAAAAAUGUUGAAUUCUGGCCUUGGAUUUGAUCUACUAAAAGCAUAAUGCAUGUCCAUUUCCCAGCAAUAAUGUUGUAUUAACCACAGCCAUUUUAGAAAAGUUUUAAUAGAGUGCUUGCACAUGUUCUGUA